AUGUUAUCCAGACAUUCAGCUGGAGUUAUAGAAGUGACAGAGGAGGACAGGGAGGAGGAGGAGGAGGAGGAGGAGGACGAGAAAGAGGAGGGACCAGACACGGUUAUGCGUCGGUUUUCCAACACAUUGCAGUUCAGUUGGGUUCUGCUGUCCGCUCUGCUGGACUCUCUGACUGCCUGGGUCAGGGGUCUGUGUCAGGAACACAUCGACAUCUCCACCGUCCUCCGCAUUGAGCGCUGCAUGUUAACGCAGCAGGCCAAGCAGGGCAAUGUUCCCAACAGAGAGGCAAUCCAUGUUUACUACCAAGAACAGAUGAUGAAAACCUCCAGAGAGUCAGGCCUGGACUACAGUACCCAUGAGGUUGAGGUGCAGACCUCAGCAGAGAGAAGAAGGGAAGAGGGAGUGAAUCCUGAUACAGAUGAAGAAAAAGCAGGAGGUCAAACAGCAGAGGUGAAACCAGACACUGAACCAGGAGGAGAUUAUCCAGAUAAACCAGAACCAGAGCCAAUAUCAGGAGAUCCAUUUGAACCAGGACCGGAACUAGUAUCAGCAGCAGAUGGUCCUGAUAAAACAGAACCAGUAUCAGGAGGUUCAGGUGAAACAGUUUCAGUUAAACCAGAGACAGCAGAAGGGGACCCAGUAUUCUUUGUGGCUAAAACGAGCCAAAAAUGGCGACCCAAACUGUCAAGGAUGAAGAGAGUCCAGUCUUUAUCCUCUUCGUCAUCUUCAGAGGAAGAGAGGAUCAGUCCGACUUACAGGUUAGUCCCAAGCCUUCAGAAAGAGUGCCGGGCUUCAAAGUCAAUUUGACGUAGUGACCAAACCAUAUAAUUGCACAGCAGCCCCAAAAGACUUUUCCCAUGAGCUUAC